UAUUUGACCAUCAAACUGUUAAGCUUUUAUAUACGAUACAUUUCGCGGGACUAAUCUGAAAAAUAAUCUGCGAAUCGUGGACGCCGGUGGACUAACGGACGCGUGGAUCGAUAUUCGAGGGUAACCGAUCUCGAUGGCAGAAGCGAUCGCGAAUCGAUACGACUGGUAAACAUAUUUCGAUAGUUGGAACGACGUGAACAUAACCGCGAAAGCGUAAUUUGUUGUACGAUAAAACUAAUUUGUAGCAGUUCGAUUUUUUUUAUUCGCCUAAGACUGGAAACCAAGUAGAACGAAAGUCGAUUGUGCGUGACUGAUUGCAGCUCAAAAUACUGUAAUAUCGAACGCCGCUACAUCUGCAUACAGGCAAAAAAGGGUGAAUCACUGUAUGGGAGCCACUGUGUACGUUACCCAAUUUGAAUAGAGAAAAAUUGAAGAACCUCCAGCUCUACUUUUGACACACACUGUACGUAAUCGAGCGACGCAGCGCGCGUGCGAGGACUGACGAAGACGGGGGUAGGGGGAUGGUCGAGCUCGAAGGCAGAGGUAACAGCGCGCGGUCGGUGGUGGUGCUCAGUCGGUGGUUGCUCGGGACAAACGGGCACGUCCACGAAGUGCGGGAUAACGAUGGAGGCUGCGUUAAUAGCACCAAGCGAGUGAUACGCGCCGUGCGUUACACGGGGACCGUGUCCCAUUCGUGGCCCGCGUAUCCCCCUCGCGGUCGCCCCUCCCCCAACAGAAGGACCAGUGCGUGUGCAUCCUUCGUGCAACCGUGUGCGUGCGUGGCCGUUAUCCACGGUGUGAUCGUUCCUCGGCGCUUUCUCGUGACAGGAGAGAACGACCAAACGAAACAACAGACCAGAUAGAGAAACAAGAAAAAAAAGAAAGAGAUACAGAAAACGGUCGGGACGCGGGACAAAAGAAAGGCACAACGAACGGGAAAAUGUCGUUCACGUAGUCGAAGCGAGAGGAUUCGGAGAGAGGCAGGUCAAACACGGUGCAGUGGUUACCCCGAGUCGUUGAGUAAAAAAAGACAGGAAGACGAUGCAAAGGGAGCUAAGCUCGUAACAGAAAGAACGCCUGGCCCGAAGGCGUUAAACCGGGAAGAGUGUAAUCGGGGCGCAGAGCGAUGUACGCAGCUGCAGGUGGCGCCAGUAUAGCGAAUAGGAGGAAGCAGAAACGGUUGCAGUUGAAUAAACGUGUCGCCGAGAGUACGAUCCCGUCACGGCUGAAGAAUGUUCCGGCUUCUCAGCACUACUUCCACCAACACCAACACCAACACCACCACCCGAGCAAAUUCGCGCGUCCGCACGUUGUUCCACCAUCUUCCACACCACAGCCACAACCACAGUCAUCUGCAUUCCAUCCGAGCGUCGAUCGACGGCGUCAUGUCGAGAAGUGUCAGCAGGUCGCGCCUGUCUCUCCGAUCCAAUUUCCUAUAUCACCGCCACCGCUUUCCCUCGAAUCACCAAGUUCGGUCACCUGCGCCACAAAAUCCAACAAUUUCCCAUUCCCGCCACCGUCGAUCCUCGAUCUCCGAGUUUCGCCAUCUUCUUCGGAGCUACAGUGUGGUGGAGGACCCGGCAAAGCAGCAUGGCAAGGUUACGGCAGACCUUCUCCACUUCCUUUGUCUCCUAUGUCACCUCACGGAUGCCGCGGGGAUGGCUACAAGACAAAGCAAUGCGAAGCUCAUCGGCGAUGGAUGAAAAGGAACAGGAUAAGAGACGCAAGCUACUGCUAUGGAAGCAGCGAAGAAGAUGACGAAGUAGAUGGAAGCAGUAAUGCAAACCGUCGUAGAGGGGAAGUUAGCGCGGCAGUGAAUACCGUACUCUAUGCGGGGCUGGGAACUACAGCGCUCGGAUUAGUUAUCUCGUUUGUCGGCACUGGAGAGAAAGGAUUCCUCAGUCCGGAAUUGAGGCUGGUGGGUCCUUCGCUACUGUGCGCCGGUUUACUAUGUUGCCUAUUUCGGGUGCUGCUCUGCCUCUGUUUAUGUCGUUGCGGUAAAUGCCGCUGGCGGUUUUGCCACGUUGCUUCCGACAAAAAGGAUAAAGUGAGGAAAACGGAAGCUCGUCCAGCCGGAGCAUUGCCUACCGCCUCACUUUUGUCACCAACGCAACAACAACAACAACAACCACAACAACAACAGCAACAGCAAUCAGCCACCGCGUCCUCGAGUGGCCCAGCAUCAUCGUCAACAAAAGCACACGAGCUCUUGCUCUCUCCUGCCCAAUUAGCAGAGUGAAAACACAAUUACGAACGUUUUCUACGAAAAUCAACACGCCGAUUAACUGCCGGUUCUUGUCCAAAUAAUAGAAUAUCUAAUCUCCAUUCGACCUGAACCGUUUUUUCGCAACAACCAUCACAGCCUAACUCUAGUUCAAUGCGAAUUUUAGCGCUUAAAAGUAAUAGAGAAAUAAACAAUCGGCCACGUUUUUCUACCCCUACCGUGUUUGAAAAAGUAAAAAAAUAAUUAUCAAUGAGCCUUCAACUGCCUCCUGGUUU